AUGGAGCCUGAAGAGCCGCUGGGGGUGAUUUCUCCCAACAAUGAGUCUGGUCUGAUUCUCAUUCUUACUGCGUUGAGUCUAUCUUUUGUCCUCGUCUCGUUCGCCAUACGACUGUACGUUCGGCUGCCUCCAAGGCUGUGGAAAUCGGACGACAACAUCUUGACAGCUGCAACCGCGCUCUCUUGCGUGCAGACCUCUCUUGUGUUUUACGAAGUGCACCUGGGCCUGGGAAACCGCAAAGUCAUCGAGAACAAUGACGAAGCCAGCAAUCGGAUCAAGAAGUACUAUUUCGCGAAUGAUUUCCUCUACCUCGUGGUCCUCUUCUUCUCCAAGGCGGCGGUGGGCUCGCUCUUUUUGCGAUUGACCCGCCAACGAGGGCAUGUCAGGUGGAUCUGGUCGAUUCUGGGUCUCUGUGCCGCAUGGAUUGUGCUGUCCGUCCUCCUGAUCAGCAUCGGUUGCUCUUGGGAGAAAACAUUCACCGUACCAUUUGGCCGAUGGCUUGCGGUGGGCAUUACGGACUCGCUCACCGAGCUUGCGUUUGUCGUGAUGGCCGGAUUCCUGGUGAAGGGCCUUCGCAUGAGUAAGGUUCAAAAGGGAACCGUCGUAUUUGCCUUUGGCCUUCGUCUGCUGGCCGUCCCUGCUCUCGCUAUUCGUCUUUACUAUCUCAACCCGUCGACUUUGGCCGACAACCACAGCCUCGCGCUCUCUCUCGCCGUCGUCUGUACGCAGGUGCAGCUGGGUUACGGAGUCAUGGCGGCGUCGGUCACCGUGUUGAAACCGUUCAUGGUGGUGUACGAGAAACCGCCAGGCUCGACCGACUACCUGACGGGACGCAACAAGACGUACGGCAACGCGACGAACGACAGCGAGCAUGUUUCCUUCAAGAUGAAGCCUGUGGCGCGGUCGACCGAGGUGAGCGAGAAAAGAGCCGUAGGCGGAGCCACCACAACCGAUCCGACGCAGCCAUACGCCGCAUACCAUGCUACGGCAGCGGCGUCGGGCCGGGAGAAGGACCAUGACAGCAUCCACAGCCACGACAGCCGGCGCUUGAUCAUCGAGCGCAAGACCGACUGGUCUGUAAGAUACGAAGAGGCCGAGAGCCAGAAGAGCGCCACGAGCGAGACUGGGGAAUCUGUGUGA